AUGGUAAAGUGGUCUCGAUAUUCCCCAGAUUUGCUACUGCAAUCAGAAAACGAUUUAAUUAGACUUUCAGGCGUUGAAAUAGAAAGAAGAAACGUAUGCAUCGGGAGAGGAUUAUUCCUUCAUUGUUUAACGUGUGGAGAUCCUGCAAAUCCACCAAUGAUUCUCCUGCACGGAUAUUGUGGCUCAGGCCUUAUAUUUUUUAAAAUUCUGAAAAGGCUAGUCGAAAACUAUAGAAUCUAUAUUGUCGAUCAUUUAGGAAUGGGGAGGUCAACACGUCCUGAAUUCAUCCCAAAUACAUUGGAGUCAGCUGAAGAAUUUUUUGUAGAGCCACUGGAGAUUUUUAGACAAAUUGAAGGGAUUGACAAAUUUAUCCUUGUAGGGCAUUCGUUUGGAGGGUAUAUUUCGGGGUGUUAUGCUUUAAAAUAUCCUGAGCAUGUCUCAAAAGUUUUAUAUUUAUCACCUGUGGGCUUUGGGAAAAAGCCAAAAGAGUUUGAUUUUCUAACUCUUUUUUUUUAAAAAAAUAAAAAAAAUAAUUUUUGAAAUUUUGUUUUAUGAAAUUAUAAUAAAAGGAGUAAAAGAAUUAGAAGGCGACUGAUGGAUAAGGUUCGUGAACAAGUUCAUGGUGUUCUUUUGGCUUAAAAACAUCACCCCUGUUUCAUUAAUUAGAAAAUGCGGUCCAAUUACAGGUCACUUUUUUAAAGCAUAUGCAAGAGAUAGACUGAAUAGUCUGACAAAAGAGGAAAACCAUGCAGUUGGAAAUUAUUUAGAGCAAAUUAACAUUAUGCCAGGAAGCGGUGAGUACGGCUUGGUCUAUAUAUUAGAGCCUGGAGUAUGAGCAAGAAGCCCAUUAUGUGCUAGGUUUGAAAAAUCAAAGACUCCAAUGGCCUUUUUCUUUGGGGACAUUGAUUGGGUCAAGCCAGAUGGCGCCAGGCAAUUAGAAAAAAAUUAUUCGGGGAAAAUGCUGAUUUAUAUGAUCAGCCAUUCCGAUCAUCACUUAUAUUGGGAUAAUCCUCAAGAAUUGGCUGAAAAAAUGAUAGAAGCAAUAGAAGUUCUUGAUAGCUAA